CGCUAGAAAAGCUUAGGUGCAGCUUCUCAGGCUAAAACUAUCGAGGCUUACCAAGAGAUCUACGAUUUGGAGGUAAGAGAAGAUAUCUUUAACUCAAACGUAAGUAAAUGUGCAUAACUUACGCUUUCGCAGUGGAGGAAAGCACUUCAGCGUCACGUUAAAGGUCAACAAAUGCGAAGCCACUAAGCGUAAACAAGAAGUGAGCUCUAUCUUUCGUAUUUACACCUUCAAAGUGAGCAAUCAAUAGCUUAGAUAAGAAAUAGUUUAAAGUCUUUAACAGUUUAAAAUCUUUUAAACUUUCAAAACUGGAGUUGCUUACUAAUUUGUAAUAGAAUGAUUAAGCUUGAUACGAUGAACGUACGGUAAACAACACUAGUUCCAAGACUUCCAACUAUAGCACUGCGAAGGUCCUAUAUUGAGUUUAUGUCAUAAAUUUAAAUAGCCAACAGUUGGGCACGCCACGAUCGAAUUUAUUAGUUUCUUGGUGUUUCAGUGAGUGAAACAGUCACUUUAUCAUCAAAAUAUGUAUGAAAAACGUAUUCAAAAUCUGGGUCCUUGGAAUGAGUUGGCACUUGUUAGGCCGAGCAGACAUUCUUGAAGAUCUUUAUUGAUAGAUUAAAGCAAACAAUCGCAUGCACACGUGCAAGUUAACCAUGCAGUAAAAAAAUACAUGUUUCCUUUCAAGCAUUAAACUAAAUGAAGUUAAAAAGGCAUCUAUUUACAAAACAACGCUUGGAGAGCUCCGACGAAUGCGUGGUAGUAAGUAAUCAUGGCAACAUUUAUGUGGCGCCUACUUAUCUCGCACAUAUUAUUUCUUCCUUGACGUUAUGAACAUGCGUAGUAAAUUGCUGCGCGAGAACUUCCAACCAUGUAUUGUUUGCAUUGGAGUAGCCCGGGCGGGGGAGGGAGGGGGUACUCAAACAAAUGUCAUACGUCGAAGUUCCGCUACGAGGUCCAGCCACUUACCCUUUUUAUAAACUGACCAUUAUUUUUUCACAGAAAAUGCACCCAUUUUGUCUACCUUCUACUGACAAAUGGUACCCCUCUCACAUAACUAGUUUAAGACACUGCUUCCCUUUUAACUGCCGUAAAUUCACCGUCUUUUUAAUGUAAAUAAAUCACUUUAUACUACUAGAUGGGAAAUUCUGCAAUUUGGUUGGCUUAGAGAAGUGGUAUUCCAGCUUCAUUUGAAAUACCCACAUGUGAAAAGUACAAACCUUUCGCGGGUAGUAGUAUAAACAUUCCAAAUAAUAGCAUGAUUUGUUGCGUGAUAUUUGGCAUUAAUAACACUCGUGAUAUUUCAAAGUUGUCUCAAAUUUCACUCGUCGUUACGUAUAAGAAUUUCGAAAUAUGACUCGUGGUAUUUAUGCCAAGUAUCACUACAAAUCAUGCUAUUACCUAUAUUAUACUACUACAGGAGAAAUUUCUGCAAUUUUAUUGGCUUAGAGCAGUGGUAUUUCAGCUUCAUUUGAAAUACCUACUUGUGAAAAUUACAAACCUUUUGCGGGUAGUGGUAUAAACAAAUAAUAGCAUGAUUUGUGUGUGAUAUUUGGCAUUAACACCACUUGUGAUAUUUCAAAAUUGUCUCAAAUUUCACUCGCCUAACGGCUCGUGAAAUUACCUAUAACAAUUUUGAAAUAUCACUCGUGGUGUUUAUGCCAAAUAUCACUACAAAUCAUGCUAUUACCUAUACUAAACCAGGACGGUUUCUCGUCUCUUAAUUUCACAUCCAUAAAAUGCGUUUCUGAGCCCUUUUUGGUCCUUUCACUGUCUUAUUUCCCUCCCUUUCAUAUACUUCACAACCAAUGAAAUCCCUACCACUUCCUAUCCCUGAAGCCCGAAAAAGGGUAUAUCUUUCUUAAAGGGUUCUUAUUUUUCAGAGGUUGUCAUAGUGUAACCAUUGGCAGAAAUAUUGUACUACUAUUACAUAAAGGCAAACAUUCAAUGUCCAAGAAGAAUAUCAAUACGUUUCUAUAUUUUUUUAAAUGAGAUAUUAAGAUUGUAAAUCGUCUAUAUUGCACGGUAGCUUUAUGGAAAACAUACUUCUAGUGAAAAUCCAAACAAAUGUAAAUCAAAGAAAACAUAUACACAAUAACCUUUUGUCAAAAGUUUCUCACACAAUUAAAAUCGACAAUUUUGACCAUCAAAAUCGGAGUGAUUGUUUUGUAUAAGAACUUAUUUUUCUUUGCCAGGCUUCACAGGUACUUAUAUUUUGGGGUAUUUAAAUGCCAAAUUUCAUCCUGUACGUUCUUCUUAUAUGCGGGUUUUUACUGUAUUUACAUCUUUAAAACAUCAACGAUUACCUUGUUGACACUCACGGCUUAUAGGCCAGUUCCGAAUUACUACAAUUCAUAAUUAGUUCCAAGGCUGAGGGGUACAAUAAAUACUACUUAUUAACUGAGAGUGAGGUCAUUACAGGGAAAUUUCAGACCGAGUCAGAUGAAUUGACCGUGCGAUAGCGACGGACCAGGUUAAUAAGCUAUUUAUUAUGUAGUCUUUCAUUAUAGACCUGAGCCUGCGAUCAAUGAAAACCAAAAACUAGCUAGCGGAUAACUACCAAAAACACGUCACCUCAAUGAGUUGUACACUUGAGUCCGCAAUACAGUCAGGUGCCACUUGUGAGCGGAUGCUCUUUUUGACAGCUGUCAAUUUACCAUAACAUGGGUGUCCAUUGGGAUGUCCACUAUAAAAUUAUUGUGACAACAAUUUAUAAUUCAAUGACAGUACUAAUAUCGGAACUAUAUCAUUAAAUUGUUUUAAAGUUUUAAUUAGUCUCUUGUAUCACUGAAUUGUUCUCUACUCAGGUAUGGAAAUGCGAUGGAUUCGUGGUUUGUUUCUUCUCUUGAGUAAGUUAUGAGCAACUGCAAUUGAUGUAGUGUAGGUGAAAUUCUCAAAGUCGUUUUUUUUUUUCGUUUUGUUUGUUUCUUCGUUUUACUCAUAACUGAAUGAACGGGUUUAUCACUUGUACUAAAAGGGGCUAUGUCACAAGGAUGCUGCUGUUUUUGGUCAAUUAUGUGGUUAGUGCCAAAUUUAGUAAAAGCCAAUUUCGACCAAAUUUCCAGAUUUCCUUUUGUGAAAUUUUGAAAAAGAAAUAGCAUUCUGUGAAGGUGGCCACAACAUAGGAUUUUGACCUCAGACUCGAAAGUUACAUUGACCUUACAAAACUCCAUCAAGCUCUCUGGCAGUGAAAGGGUUAAGUCACAAAUAUUCUCCUGAGUUACAGAUAUAACAAAGACAUCAAGCAAAUCUCAGCAGGCAGCAUUACCUAUCACAAUUUUUUGGGUGAUUUUUUCAGGCAUAGCGUUAAAAGUGGGGCCAACAUUUUCUCAAUCCGUGUUCAUCUUUGGGGUCAUCCUUGCCAUCUUUUGUAACAGACGAAAGGAAACGGUUUCAAUGCUUAAACAUAGUCUAUGAAAUAACAAAGCUAGACCAUUAUAUUGAUGCGAGUUCAGGUAUUAGCAUUUAAAAGAUAGCAGAGAGCGUAACAGACACCUUUUAAAUAUAUAAUUUUUUUUGUUUUUUUUUUUUUUUUUUUUCAAUGCAAACAGUAUCAGAAAUUAUGGUUAUUGUCUUUGAUAACAGCUACAUGUACCCGGGUGUUGAUGACAUCUGCUGCAGUGUUAUCCUCAGACCAUUCAAGCACUGAGGCGAGUAGUGUCCUCGAUGUUGCAGGGAAUUCGAAUGUGCCAGGCCAAAAUGCAGCCGCAGUACCUUCACUGUCUUCUGUCUCCACGUCAUCCUCAAAAUUGUCUCUUUCAAGUACUUUGGCCAUAAGUAGUUGGUCAUUUCUGACACUGAGCCCUGGUAUGGCAAAAGAACUAAGCACACCCGCAUUGCCGUCGGUGUCGCUUAAGCUGGUGUCAUCAUUGGCUGUUGUGUCCAAAUCAGUUGUUCGUUCAAGCCGUCCACCCAGAAGCAAAUCUUCACCUGUCGCAAUGAGUUCGAGCUGGGCUUUGGAGCAAGGCACAUCCGUAUUGCCCUCAGUGUCUUCCUUGCUGUUGUCAUCGUUAGCUAUUUCUCCAACCAGCUUACAACGAGGCUAUUUGUCAUCUGUCGUAGUGAGCACUACUCUGGCAUUAGAUAAAAGCACAACUGAAACACCUUCACCGUCUUCCAUGCUGCUUGCACCUUUAACAAGAUUAGGUACGUUAUUUUAAAAGUCUCAUUCUGAUACAACGAACAUUAUUAUGUGUAACAGUAUCGUAACCAGGCGGAGUAGAAAAAGCGUACCCAAUCUGCAUGCAGUAUUAUUAUAAUUCAGCUUUUGCAACAAAAAGAUUUUUCUCGUUGAACUGUCUUGGCUAAGGCCCAGUUCAAACGUCGAAUUUCACAUGUGCCGAACUUAAUUCCUAUUCUAGUCGACUAAAAUAGUUAAAUACGACAUUUGAUUCAAACGUCGCACUUCUCAUGCAUUCAACUCUCCCGUUAAGUUCGGCACAUGUGAAAUUCGACAUUUGAACCGGGCCUGAGAAAACAGUUCAACGUUAUAUGCUUCUAAAUAACAAUUAUUCAGCUCAGUGUCAGUGGCUAUUGUUUAAUAUUUACCAAGCCACGAAAGAAAAGCACGAAUAAAUGCCUAAUAAACGAAUCCUUAGUAAAGGCUCCCAAUACUCCUCAAUACUUACGCUCAGUCCAUUUAUAUUGCUUGCAGUCUGUCCCAAAAUGGCAACCCUAAAUCAGACAUCAGGAGUUCUUACCAGUCCUUAUUAUCCAAGGCGUUACCAUUCUAACGAGAAAUGCAGCUGGAAAAUUAUAGCAAGUAAAGGAGAACGCAUUGUGCUGGUCAUUAAAGACAUUUAUAUUCGUAACUGUGGUUCAUCUUGCACGUGUGACUACCUGGAAAUACAAAAUGGCUCAUCCUCUGAUGGCAUCUCAGGCAGGCGAAGAUGUAGAUCAGAUAAAGACAGUGGGAUAGUAUACCAUUCAGCAAAAGAUGUUCUGAGGGUGACGUUUGUUUCUGGUGCUAGGACUUACUGGUGGUACCGUGGAUUUAAGGCAACUUACAUUAAAGUGAAAUAUAAUGCAACAACCACCGGUAAGUCAUUAGAAAUCGGCUUUUAACGCAUUAACACAUGUGCUGAACACCUUCACAAAUUAAGUUGAAGGUGCACGUGCAGGGGACCAGGUUGUAAAUUUUCAAGCAAGGAAUAAAAAAUAUUAUUUCCUUAUAACAGGGUCAUGGCAACUGUUGCAUUCAUAUACUUUACAGAGUAACACACGAAAAAAAACUAAAAUGUCGAUGAAAUGCCAACCAUUUUUAUUGGUAUGAAAUUUUAAAAGAGUUUGGUAGCAAAUGCCUUAUUUUUUAUGUUUAUCUAUAGCAAUGCUCUCGAUUGAGUUUUUUUUUUGUUUUGGUUCACAGCCAGAUUACUCUUCGAUUUUGUACUAUAAAGCUAAAUCACAGUUUGCUUCCUCUGGUUGCAGCUUGUACCUCCGGCGAAUAUCUUAAUGGCUUCAGUGGAUUCUUUUCAACUCCAAAUUUUCCAAGUAACUACCCACAAUACAGCAGAUGUACCUGGAAUAUUACAGUUCCCAGCGGGUACAUCAUUAAACUUAGCUUCUUCUAUUUUCGAUUGGAGCCCAAUCAGUACAUUCCCUGCUAUAAUGCUCCAGAGGCCCGUGUUACAGUCACAAAUGUUGCUUCAGAUGAUGGGUAUCAACCGUUCAUGCUGUGCGGUCAGUCUCUUCCUCAUCCAGUGUACUCGGUAGGGAACUCCGUUCAAGUCAUAUUCACGUCUCUGAACAGUCAAUACCCAGGGUUUAAUGCAACUUACACGGCUAUCUCUUAUAGUUCAGGUAUGUGGCAUACAUUAUUUACAAGACAUCAAUGAUCGAGGUAAGAUUACAAAAACAUUACCAACAACAACUCGCCCCAUAAAAGGUGAUCCAAGAAAGUCUUGGAUUCUGGAUUCCGGAUGUCAGUGGCAUUUAGAUUGCUGAUUCCAAUCUUAAGUAGGAUUUCGGACUCCUCGAGUAGAAUCACAUAUUGCAAAUUUCAGGAUUCCGCAUUCCACAAUCCAAUUUUUUUUCUGAUUCCGGUAUCCCGAUUACAUACCUCACAUGGCGGGAAACAACGGCCAUAAACAGACAAACGAAAACAAUCACUUUUUAUGGAGCUAGAUCGAUCUCACACUAUCAAGCAAUUUUGGUACUUACCAGGCGACCAAAUAAUUGACUCAGGAAAUAUUGAAGUAUUACUGCUUGAAAAUGUAAAAGAGCAAAAGAGGAAUAAUGAAAUGCCAAAGGGAACACGAUUGGAUCGGUAAAACUGAACAUAAUAUUGCAUUCAAGUAUACUUGAAGAAUACCUGUGUUUUAAGUUUGUCGUUAUUUGUACGCAAGUCUGAUGCUCUCGAGAAUCAUCAGUUGCUAUGUACAGACGACAAUUUUGUCAGCCAAAGAGGUUUCUUUCGCCAAUUUGAUGUUUAAAGGCUCAGAGUGAACAAAGAAAGAUCAAAUUUAGCUCCCUGUCUAAAUGAAAGGCCAAAAUAAAAAAUCAGGCCGCUUUUUUUAUGUGUGUGGCUCGCUACAAGCCUGGUAACGCGUAAACCAGCCUUUUUACACUAUCUUUGAGGUAAACACAACUAUCGGGCGUUGUUUUUUUUUUUUUUUCAGACCUCGGACAGAAUUUAUGUCACAUUUUUUUCCCUAUUUUAGUUAUAAUUCUGCAGUUUUUUACAGAAUAAUCUUACAAGACAAAUUGCACUCAUUCAAUAUUCAGGACGAUCGAAGCACGCGCUUUCCUUGCACAACAAAUUAUAAAAAUAACAUCAUAAAAAGUAAUUUAUAUAGAGAAUUCACCAUUAGAUGGGACUGUUCAGUCAGGUCAAUCUGCCAUUAUGUAGUACGCAGGGUAAUGAUGGGCUUUGAGCAAAAACUUAUUUAUUUUAAUUCAAUUUACAAAAUCACCCGUCCGACCAGCCAAUUCUAAAUUUUUUCCAAGCGCAAAACGUACAAAGCGAGCUGUUGAGUAUUUGAAUGAAGGCUGGUAAUGAGGAAAAGGUCUCAGAAUCAUUUUCGUUUGCAUUUACUUCUAAAACGCCAUAUCCAUUUGAUACACGCGGCAUUUUAGGUACUCCUGCACGCGCAUUGUUCACGGACGACUGAAAAUAGCAAUAAGCAAAGCGAUAAGAAAGAUCAGAUCGAUGUCUUGACAAACAAUCAGGACAAAAAAUAUUAUUCAACGAAACAUUUAAAAGGACUACAAUUAUUUAUUUACGAAGACGUGUAUUGAGAGUGAAGUAUCUCUGAAUAUCCUGAGUCACGAGCAAAACCUUGCAGAUUUAAGCCUUAAGUUUUAAAGUAAGUGCAGGCACCUAAUACCUACUAAAAUGUCAGUUUGAGUCACCGAAUGGACUCGUAAGACAACGUCAUCUCGAUGGUUGAAAAAAAGGUUUUCCAGAAACAAACAAAAAACGCUUCUGGCGCACCCUAAAUUGUUCAGUCUUUCCGCCCCGCAUUUGGUUUUGAUCUAAUUCCUUCCCAAGUUAACUAGAUUCUUCCUUGAAAGUGGUAUAAUUCUAAUCGUCCUCGAUACUUAUGCUCAGUCCAUUUGUAUGGCUUGCAGUCUGUCCCAAGAUGGCAACCUUGAAUGAGACAUCAGGAAUUCUUACCAGUCCUUACUACCCAAGGCCUUACCCUUCUAACGAGAAAUGCAGCUGGAAAAUUACAGCAAGUAAAGGAGAACGCAUUGUGUUGGUCAUUGAAGACAUUCAUAUUUGGGACUGUUAUUCAUCUUGCACGUGUGACUACGUGGAAAUACAAAAUGGCUUAUCCUCUGAUGGCAUCUCAGGCAAGCGAAGAUGUAGAUCAGAUAAAGACAGUGGGAUAGUAUACCAUUCAGCAAAAGAUGUUCUGAGGGUGACGUUUGUUUCUUAUAGUUAUACUUACUGGAAGUACAGUGGAUUUAAGGCAACUUACAUUAAAGUGAAAUAUAAUGCAACAACCACCGGUAAGUUGUUAGAAAUCGGCUUUAAACGCAAAGUUAAAGGUUUAUGUGCAGGUGAUCAAUUUUCAAGCAAGUUAGAUAAAAUAUUAUUGCCUUAUAACAGGCUUAUAGCAACUGUAACAUUCAAAUACUUUACCGAUUAAAACAACACAUAACUCAAAUGUCGGUGAAAUGCCAACAAUUUUCAUUUACAUGAUGUUAAAAGUGCUUGGUAGCAAAUCUAUUAUUUAAUUUUGUCUAUUGCAACGCUUUCGAUUGAGUUUUCUUGUUUUGGUUUUUUUUUUGGUUCACAGACAGGUUACUCUUUGAUUUUGUACUAUAAGGCUAAAUCAUAGUUUAUUUCCCCUUGUUGCAGCUUGUAUCUCUGGCGAAUAUCUACAUGGCUUCAUUGGAUUCUUUUCAACUCCAAAAUUUCCGAGUAACUACCCUCAAUACAGCAGAUGUACCUGGAAUAUCACAGUUCCUAGCGGGUACAUCAUUAAACUUAGCUUCUUCUAUUUUCGAUUGGAGCCAAAUCAGUACAGUCCCUGCUAUCAUGAUGCUCCAGGAGCCCGUGUUACAGUCACAAAUGUUGCUUCAGAUGAUGGGUAUCAGCCGUUCAUGCUGUGUGGUCAGUCUCUUCCUCAUCCAGUGUACUCGGUAGGGAGUUCCGUUCAAGUCAUAUUCACGUCUCUGAACAGUCAAUACCCAGGGUUUAAUGCAACUUACACGGCUAUCUCUUAUAGUUCAGGUACGUGGUAUACAUUAUUCAUAAGACGUCAAUGAUUGAGUUAAGAUUACAAAAAAACAUCACCAACAACAACUCGCUCCAUAAAACGUAAACCAAGAAAGUCUUGAAUUCUGAAUUCCAUGCCGUGGAUUCUGGAUUCCGGUUGUCAGUGGCAUUUAGAUUGCGGAUUCCAAUUAUAAGUAGGAGUCUGGUUUCUCGAGUAGAAUCACAGAUUCCAAAUUCCAGGAUUCCACAUUCUACAAGCACGUUUUGGAUCAUUUUACGUUUCUGGGAAACUGCCCACCUACCCCUCACCUAAGCCGACAUUAACACUUACUUCUAACUUAAGGCAAAAUGUUGGCUCAGCGAAGGGGUAGGUCACCAGUUUCCCAGAAACGUAAAAUGAUCCCACAUUUUUUUCUCCGAUUCCGGUAUUCCGAUUACCUUACAUGGAGGGAAACAACAGCCAUAAAGAAACAAACAAAUGGAGCUAGAUCGAUCUCACACUUAUUCAGGCAACUUCGGUACUUACCAGGCGAUCAAAAAAUUGACUCAGAAAAUAUUGGCGCAUUACUGCUUGAAAAUGUGGAAGAACAGAAGAGGAAUAACGAAAUGCCAAAACUAAACAGGAUAUUGCAUUCAACUAAAUUUAAAGAACAAGUUUGUUUCAAGUUUGUCUUUAUUUGUACGAAAGUCUGAUGCUCGAAAAUUAUCAGUUGCUACGUGGAGAUGACAAUUUUGUCAGCCAAAGAGGACUCUUUCACCAAUUUGAAGUUUAAAGUUCAGAGUUAACAAAGAAGGAUUAAAUUACCGAAAAUACCGUGGCUUGACGCCUUAAAAUUACCAAGAAAUACGGGAGAAAAUAAACUCGUGGUGGAAAAAAGUGUUGUAGUAGUAUUCGUAAUCGAUGGCAGGAAGCAAGAUGUGUAGUGUCUUACGGAUUUAUCCAAGGAUUGAAUCGGAUCUAACCAUCAACACACGCACCAUCGUGCAAACAUAUGUAUUCAAUCAUUAUAUUACAGUCAGAGCACCCGCUCGAUAAUACAAACAUGGGGGGUGGGGAAGGUAGACCUAAAUAUUCAUAUACUACAUUCCUCCCUUCUUCGAAUUACUUGUUGGGUUAAAAAAAAAAAAAAACGAGUAGAAAAUAAAGCCUAGCUAACAAUGUAUACAGAUGUCUCUGAGUGCCCUACAGAAAUCCUAAUACGACUAAACACUCCAAAGUGGUUUCAGUGGAAAUACAACAAAACAUAAGAAACGGUUCAAGUUCAGUUCAGAGUUCCUAUUCUCAAAGUCUCAAAGUUCUGCUCUGAGUCAAGCUGAAUAAAGCCUAAAACAUAGCCUUGAAAUUUAGACGGUAAUCUUUUGACUCUUGUUGGACGUAAGGUGACAGAAUCUCUUUGCCCUAUAGUAGCAUCAUCUGAUCGUGUGUACUCUAAUGGGCCGUCCUCACUUGCUCUCUCAGAGGAAACAUUUACAGUUUCUCUGGACUCUUGGUUUGAUAAACUUUGUGUUGCUCUCUGAGCCUCUGAAGCAUCUGUUGACUUACUAGUGUCUGAUAAUACAUCAUAAUCUCGCUCGAAAUACUUCUUCACAUGGGUUACAUUCUGUAAAGGGAGACUGUAUGUAUUGCGUUGACAGUUUUUUCUCUUUCUCCUGCCUCAGUAACACCUUAUCACCUUCUCGAAUCUCACUUUCACGUGCAUUCCUUUGGCAUUCUGCAUACAUUUUUCCCUUUGCUUUUCUCUCACUGUCGCGAUCUUGAACCUCAUCUUCGAUGCCGAACUCUUGGAGAUGGGGUAGUUUGGUCCUGAUACGUCUUUUAAAAUAUAGUUCUGCCGGGCUAACCCCAAUAGUAGAAUGUGGAGUACUGCGAUACAUCAUUGAGAAGUUAUCCAUCUCUGAUUUCCAGUUGCAACCCUCUGCUUGAGCAAUACGCAGGUGCUUCAGGAUACUGCGGUUUUGUCUUUCUUUUUCACCAUUGGCUUGCGCCAUAAGAGUGCGGUUCGUCUACAUGUGUAAUUCCGUUUUCCUCAAAGUACUUCGUAAAAUGUUCACUUGUAAAAUGCAGACCAUUGUCGGUUCUCAAGGAAAGGCUGCGGCUUGCAUAACUAAUAACUCGCAGUUCUUCUCCUUGCUCUUGAACUAGCACGGCUCCUAAGCCUACAGGGCUUGCGUCUGCGAUCACCUUAGCCGGUGCUUUCUUAUCAAAGUAUCCAAGUGUCUCUGCACUGAACAGUUACUUCUUUAACUCAUCAAAUGAUUACUUUUGCUCCGGCCCUCACACAAAUGGUUCUCCACUUUUUGUAAGCUGGCGGAGGGGUGCAGAUACUGUUGCUAAGUCUUGAAUAGACCGUGCAGUGAAAUUGACCAGACCAAAGAAGCUUCGUACUUCCGCAGCAUUCGUCAGUUCACAGGCAUCAACAACAGCCUUUACUUUAACAUCUGCUGCACCAAUUCCACGUGCCGACAAAACAUGACCGAUGAACUCCAAAUGCGACAUCUUAAACUGACACUUGUCUCGGUUCAGUGUCAAGCCCCUGCUGCUCAGUAUUCGGACCACAUUCUCAAAUCUUUUGUCAUAUUCCUCCUCAGUGGGUGCAUGUACUAUUACAUCCUCAAGAAUAUUAUGAGCUCGGUCACACUCUUGCAGGACUUGGUGAAGUACCAUCUGGUACAUCUCAGGUGCACAACUUAUACCGAACAUGAGUCGUUUGUACCGGUAGAGUCCCUUGUGUGUGCCAAAUGUAGUGAUAUCCCUUGAUUCGGGCGACAGUUCUAGCUGAUGAUAGGCGGAGGUAAGAUCCAACUUGCUAAAGAACUUGUUCUGGUUCAGAUCUUGAUAAACUUCGUCAAUGGUGGGUAUUGGGACACGCUCUCGUUUUACGGCCGUGUUGGCUUGUCGCAUAUCCACACACAAACAAAUAUCACCUGUGGGCUUGGGCACCACUACCACUGGUGAGACCCACGAGCUUGGUCCACUCACUUUUUCAAGUUCAUCCAGUUUGGUACUCAGUUUAUCACGCAAGUGGUAAGGGACCUUCCUAAUCGGUUGUGCCAAAGGCUGUACCUUUGGGUCAAUCGGGACUAUUAGCUGGAAAUCUUUCAUUUUGCCAAAACCUUCACAACAUCCCGGGAACUUUUCAAAAAAUACUGGCCUCCCCUUUUGCUCCAUCCGUAGAAACCUCUAGUGAAUUCACGUGAGCUCCCAGCUUCAAACUUCCUAGAGAAAUGGCAGUUUCCUACCCAAGGAGGGCGUGUCCCUUAUUUUCAAUGACAACAAAUUCCACCCCACUUAACACGCUCUCUCUAACAGACACUUCUGCGGUAAAAAUGCCUGCAACUGAUUACUACCAUAUGCAUACAACUUCUUUGAAGCCUUAGUUGACUCACAUGCAACCUUAUUUGCUUUCAGAUAUUCCCAUACAUUACGACCUAUGACAUUGCAACUAGCACUAGAAUCAAUAAUCAUUGUCACUGGUAAACCUCCUACCUUCACAGGAAUUUUCCCUUCACUUGAAACAUUAGAAACGUCUAAAAUGCCAAAAGCAUAUUCACAAUCAUCACCCUGAGUACCUUCAGCUUCUACCUGCCUUAUAUGGUGAGAUGCACCUCCCUUCUUUCCGACGUCUGUUUUACCCGGCCCUCCAGCUCCUCUACCACUGGUUUGCUUCUCUUUAGUUUUACACACAGCCUCAAAAUGUCCUUAUCCAUUACAAUUCCUGCACUGUUUCCCUCUCGCUGGACAACGACGAUCGUUGGCUUCAUGUCCCGUAUAUCCACAACAAAAACAUUUGACUUUCUUGCGCUCGCAUCCCCUUUGUAUUUCGUCUUUCCCCUCACACUAUUCACUUCACUACCGACCUCACCACUUCCUCCUUCGAUUGAACGGGCCUGUUUUUCAGAUUCCUCCAUAGAACAAACAAUUUCUCUCAAUUGUGGCAGUGUCAAGUUUCGACCCUUUUGAGGUAACUUCUGACGGAGUUCGUGCACAAGCAUUUGCUUAUCACUUGAUCACGAAUUUGCUCAUCCACAGUUGCAGCGUCUCCGAAUUCGCAGGUUUGGGCUUUUUGCCCCAGUCUAGUAACAAACUGUUCGACAGUUUCGUUUGCCAGUUAACUUGUUUCACGAAAACAAAGCCUUUCAUACGGAACAUUCGCUUGGGGUUUGAGAUAUUUAUUCAAGGUCGCCUUUGCUUUGUCAUAGCUAUCUGACCCUCCUUCUUCGGUCAACGUGAAAUAAAUGUCUUGCACAUUUAAUCGGGCAGUAUGCAGCGAUAAAGCCUUCUUCUGAUCGACAUUUUUGACUCCUUUUCCCGUCGCAAACAAUUCAAACGCUCGAAGCCAUCUUUCCCAGCGUGCGAAAAUACCAGCAGUUUCUGAACAGUCAAAUGGCUUUAAUCCUUGUGCGUCGCUUAAAUAUACACUUGCCAUUUCGAUUGAACUUCUUCAAAUGACCGUCCUCGUCGCCAAAAUGUAGUGUCUUGCGGAUUUAAUCAAGGAUUGAAUCGGAUUUAAGCACCAACACACAAACCAUUGCUGCUCGUGCAAACAUAUUCCAUUCUCGUCCCCAGAGCCACUCGGCUUAGUUUGGCUCUGGAAGCAACGGAAAAUACGAAUUUUUUCAUUGGCUGAAGGGAAUUGAAUGCGCAGAGCAAAUUAAGAGCAGUUGUCUGUAAGAUUCGAGCUAUGUUAAAAAGGCGCUGCCACACUAUCUCACCGAAAUGGCUAAAAAUUGGCAAGUAGACUUGAUUUGAGGUCUUUAAUAAGGAAUAGGUAACUUUAGGUUCUAAUUCCUCCUACUUCGGAAAUUAUCGACAUGGCCGGUUUUUGGGUGCCUCGGACCGGCACCAUAUUGGUUAAUAGAAGCUGCUUUUGAGCCUUCGACUACAACCCUGUCUUCAAAGCUAAUCUUCCUUUGCCAAUACAGAUUGAAAGAACAAUCCCUCUUUAUUGUAUUUUUAGAAACUACUUCGAAAUUGAUAACGUUUUCGCAAAGAUCGAUUAAACUUUUGGUGGGUAUACUUUUUGAAUUUUUUACACCCGCAAAAUUAACAGAAUUUUAAAGGCGUAUAUCUCUUUUGCCACAUCGCAUUGAAGCUUGCCAACCUGCCUGAAUACUCACUGUUUGUAGUUAAAUCGAGUUCAUUAAUAAAAAAAUUGGGCAAAUUUAACGGAGCAGAAACAAAAGUAAUGAAUGGAAGACUGUUCUAGCGACUUUGUCAAUAAUCUGUACACCGAAUACUCGCCAGGUGUUGCCAAAAUUACAAUCGAUAAUAGAGUUUCUGUCAUUAAAUCUGAGUGAUCUGUGUAAUAAAUUAGCCUCUGUAAUAUAAUCGAUAACUCUGCUGCGAAAAACAGUAUAAAAAAGGCAGAUUGUAUAAGGAAAAGGAAAAUGAAUUUGUUAUGUUUAUGCUAUGACGCGUAAACAAAAUUCAACCAUCACAGUCGAAGUGGAAUUUUCCUGAUUUUCCUCCAGUUCCUUUACCGAAACCAGAGCUUUUAAAAUUAACCAUAGUAAUGAAAAUUGAGAUGUAUUACCUUACUCGACGACAAAGUUGCCAGUUUCCACCUUGAUCGAAGAAAAAGGAAUAUUUUCCCACGCAUAUCGCGGGUCGUCACGUUCCUUGCCUGGCGUUACAACUCACGUGAAACCGCCUGGUUUCAAACAACUGAACUGAAGAAUCCGUGAAAAUCUUAGGCAGGCAAUAAAUAAUGGAAGUUGAUAUAAGUUAUCAUUAUUAGUGAGCGAGGAUCGAUGCGAUGAUAGUUCCAGCUACAUGUGUUUACAGCGUUUUAAGAUUAACUCAAAACUCAUGAGACAUGAGCCCGUGAAAUAAACACCAUUACUUCCGGUUUUAAAAAUUGGGCGUUGGCAAAGUAAUGAAUAGACUCAUUCUACCUUGUACACCGUUAACAACGGUUCCGUGUACAAUUUUCAGGUAUUUUGUCUCAAUCACGAAGCCCGUUUUGAGGAGUUUCUUGAUAAACAGAAAAAUUGGAAGAGGUUAAGAAGAAUGAGGGAUGAGCUCGGGACAGCAAAAACCACAGUCACCCCACGGAAGGGCUUUAAAACUGUGCGCAAAUGCCUCACCCUAGGGACAAUUCCAGAUUUUUGUUUCCUUGAAAAAGCUUAAAAUCGCUAGACAAUACAUGGACAACUCAAGACAGUCCUAAUUCAAAAUAAAGUAAACAGCAAAGAAAAUUCAGUUACAGACCAGAGUGUUUAUCCGAUAUCGCGAACAAUAAGGAGUGAUUGAAGAUGUGUCUGCAGUUUAAGCCCGACCUAUCCAAUCGAACAAAACCGAACAAAAAACCAAUCGAACCCAAUCGAACUCCAAUCGUUCGAUUGGGUUGGGCAAUCGAACGAAAUCGAACACCUAUUUUGCUGUGAGUUCGAUUUUCGAACCAAUCGAACCAACAUAAUCGACCAAAAUCGAACAAAAUCGAACUAAUCCAAUGCAAUUGUCUCUUGACGCCUCAAACUGAGUAAAACACGUGGAAUAUAAUCAUUGUCAGCUUUUAUUGAAUAAACAGGAACUGAACAUCAUACUGCAAGAAUGUCAAUGUUCGAACAAAACAAAACAAAUAAAAGGCAAUUUCGAUUCUGUUAAGGUACUGUGACUGUUAAAAGGAAAUGCUUCUCAACAGAGAAAAAUCGCACCAUUUCAACAACAGCAACACAGGCAUUUGUGUUUAAAAUUAGUAUUAUAAUAAGCAGAAGGGACCUCGCUUCAGCCAUUACUCUCUCCAGGUUCUCCAGGGUGGCCAAGAGUGACGUGGAGACGAGGAGGGUUUCAGUGCUCAGCAAAAGCCGCGUAAAAAGGGAAGGGAGUUAGCGGUGAUUUCACUUUCACCCUCGGAAUUUUCCAAUACCACGUGCCUAUCAUGCGAUGCGGCGUCCAUUAAUCGAACGUUCGAUUAUACCAAUCGUUCGGUAAUCGAACGUUCGAUUGGGUUCGAUUACCAAUCGUUCGGUAAUCGAACGUUCGAUUGUGUUCGAUUGGCAAAAUUUUAUUGUGAAUUCGAUUAUGUUCGAUUGAGUUCUGCAAUCGAACGAUUGGUGUUCGAUUGGGUUCGAUUGCCGAACUGUUCGAUUGGAUAGGUCGGGUUUAAGGUAAAAUCAUUUACCAUGCUCACGGACCUUUCGACAACAUAAGUGUACCGAUUGAGGUAACAUCAGUGGUAAAAAACGAACGCUUUUUACUGUAGGACGAUGACGUCAUCAUACAAAAGGCGUCUUCACUCUGGCAUCCAGAAUUUCAAACAGUCAAAACCUAAUUUUCUCGUCAAAUGAAAAAUGCCACUGAGGGCAAGUAGUGGUAAUGUGCUUGUUAGUAAGACGUCCAACAUAAGGAGACAUUCAUAAUCAACUCGGUUAAUGCAUUGAUAAAGGGAAACUUUCUCCUUUACCCUUAGGGACAGAGUUCAAAGGCGCAAAAGAUUUUUAGUUCAGCUCUAGCAUGUGUUGUCUAGCGAUUUGCCUUGAGCUUCUCUAAAUUUUCCGGAUCAAACAAGCUGUGCCCAUCGUACAUAAUCCUGUCUGGGCUCCCUUGAAAAAUUGCAAUUCAUCAGAGGCCUUCAAGUUCAUCCUCCGCCGCGACAACUUAUUUUAAUGGGUGGUUUUCUGGAACUAUCUUAUGUUUCAAUUUCUCUCCAGCAAAAGUCUCUAUCAGGAGCGUAGCCAGGACUUUCCAGGUGUGCGGAAAAUUUCCAAAACUUACCCUAACAUCUUACUCAGUUCUCUCGCAACGUUUCCCCAUUACAUUUGCUAAUUCUGUUAACUAGGUGAGGUUAUGCGUGGAUGAAAUGGCAUUUGCAUUUUUUCACUGAGAAAAUUAGGUUAGACACUUUACCCUCAAGGACGACUCUCACGUUUUGCUGACACUUUCUACCUUAGAAGAGAUAAGUGAAGCUUUGCCUUCCCCACUCCGUGUAAAAAAAAUGUCGUUCGGCUGUUCAAACUACUUUUAGAAAACAACAAACUUCCCAACUUAAUUUUUAAUAAAGGUAUAAGGAUAGGAAUCCAAAUUGUUUUGGAGUAUUUCACUGAUUUUAACACGAUGAUUGUAAAGUAGUGUCUAGUGAGUACGGGGGCUAAUGUCCCCAUCGUAAAAAUCUGAAAUUGAAAACAAAAAUCUUGUAUAACCGAGUAGUACACAAUUUUAGUUAUUUUAUUGAGUUGUGAAAAAUCACAAAUUUGUUUCUUCUUGAAUGUGUUAUACUCUCAUCCAUUCAGUCUUUCCGAUAUGCCCGUCGGAUAGCGGAAGUUAACGUAAAUGAUCGAUUACCUGAAAAGAAGCUACCAUCCUAACUUUCCACCUUCGGGUCUUUUCCCUAGCCAUAAUUUUUUUCCCUCAAGGAAUUUUUCUCUGUUUUACAUAAUAAUUGGUCUUGCAUUCAGCUUAUCGAUUUUGAGAGCCUAGUCCUAUGCCGUAUUCUGAUGCGAUCUACUUUAUGUAGCUUUCCCCCCAUCUAACAGCUCCUUACUGAACAAAAACGGCUUUAAUUGAGUCUAUUCAAAGAACUAGCCAAUAUUUUUCCAGCGGUAAGCACAAUGUUCCUAAUUCCCCCUAGUCCCCUUCUUAGACGCUUUCAUGUGCAUCAGGUGUUAAAUUUUCUUUUCAUAAGCUACACUGCUCAUAAUCGCGCAUUCUGAUGUCAUUUAUGCUUAAAAAAUUAAAAAUUAGUUUAUCGAAGAAAGAGUGAAUUAAAGGUGUCAUGAGGCGUUUGUGAUUUCAUGAACUAUUUGACGUGGUCCUUUUCUUACGGCUUAUGUCCGUUGGUGAAAUCGCUACUUGGGUUUUCUUGGAUUGAAAAGGGCGGGCUCUUUCUAAACGUGGCGUUGUUUAUGGGACCUUAGUAUUCAGAACAGAAUCAGUCGAUGGCAAACAACCAAAAGGCUUUUACGUGGUAAGUUACAGUGAUGAACCUUGCCUCGAGAUGGUCAUAUUUUUGUACAUACCUUCAUGCAAUUCAGUGUUGGUCUGAAAAUUUUUUGUUAUGGAUGGGGGAAGGGUGGGGGGAGAGAGAUCAGAACAUGUACCUCGUGUUGUUCACGAGACAUUAAAGUAAUGAAAACUGUUAAACAGUCUUCUACGAAUCAAAAUAGUUGCAAAUGCUUACGGGAGGCCCUAACUAUAUGAUGAUAAGAAGGGCAAUAUUUGGAAAGGUGCUAAACAUAAGGGCGUGGCCAGUGGCCCCAAAAUUGUGUUCGCUCGCCCCGGGCUGGCUUGACUUUUGGGAUACGGUUAUGGGGUUAUAAACAAUGAGUUCAUCAUCUAUAUAGCCUACUCGCCCCAAGUGACUGCAUUUCGCUUUUCAGAGACCCAUCAGUUACUGUAUGACCCUCUCCGAUCAGAUUUUAUGUCCGUGGUACUGGUGGUGAGGUCAGUCUACAAGCAGAGUCGUGAAAAACACCGCCACUUGAGCCUUUACGUUCAAAACAUUCCUGGCUAUCGGCAAAAAAAGAAGGAGUUUUUAAAAAUACUAAAUAAAAUGUCAUUUCACCGUUCGAAAAUUAUUGUGAAUCAGACCGAAUGAAAGUUCACUAAAAGAGGGGGGGGGGGGAGGGGGGUUGGUAGUUCUUAACAGUUCCAGUUAGCUAGAAAAUUAAAAGUUACGAAAAAAUAGUGGGCGAACUGCAGAAUACAUGCAAGAAUGAGAAAGACAAGAGAAAACAACUUCCUGUUCAAAUUCGGGUGAAACGUUUAAUAGCGUCAAGAAGACUGAACUUGAUUGAGGUUGUUCAUUUCAAUUCCGUUCCAGCGUGCAGUUCCUUGUCCUCCUAAAAAUAGCUUCGUCUCCCACCGAUCAUUCCAUGUCAUAUUUUGCGGACUUAUUAUUCAGUAAUGACGGUACGAUCAGGUAAUUUGACUUGAUGAGUUCUUUAAUUUCAUUUCACGUACUAGUUUUAUAUCUUACGCUGGAAAGAUCUGCCAAACAGUGUACAUUAGCAAAGGUAGGUUCCUGUUUACACGUGUAAUUAUCGAAUACCAUACAAUUUGCAUAAAGCUACAGUGCACGGUUGGUUUUUCUAGCCUUUUGAUUAAAAUUGACAACGUUUGCGUUAUCUUUGCCUAAGAAAAUAUGUAAUUUGUAGCUGUAUACAGCGAAAUAGUACAGAGAAAAUUGUAACUGUGCAGUACACGAGCGGCUCCCGAUUGGUCUGGGAAAUCGAAGAGCGAACUUGAGCUAGUUUCGUGUGUAACAAAAUUUAUAAUUUUCAUUUUAGCGCAUAUUUCAAGCUCUUCGCAAGAUCAGAAUCAAAAGAUCAUCUGUUUACAUUACAAGGAAGGGUUUUUUAAGCGAUAGAUAGGGUUUAAGAGGCACGAUCAAUUUUUAAAGAAUUUUCUUUUCAAAUAUUCACCGAAUUUUGUUUUGAAGUUUUAGCGGCCAAGUGGCUGAACCACUGCGCAUUCAUGCAAUCAUAUUUCUGUUCCGUUGCAUUUGCCCAAUUAUUUUAUUCAACAAUAUAACUUAGCUAUAAACAAACUAUGUUUAGUUAAAAUGGCUUAGUCUAAAUCGAUGUGGCAUGGGUGAUAUUGGCCUUCCAAUUUCUACCAAAUUUGUGUGCCGUUUAAGUACCGAAAAAGUGCUGUGAGAAGUUACAGCCGUUCGUAGCUCAGGCUUAACCAUUUUCAGAUAAGAGUAGGUAAAUGAAAGGAGGAAGGAUAGUUCUUUGCAACUGUAUGAGUCACGAUUAAGUUACUUUAAUGAUAAGGCUAGAAUUAAUUACUGUAAAUCUCCUUCAGUUCACCAACAUGGCGGCCGCUCGAGGCCUCGUCAAAACUGUCAUUCCUGUAUCUUUGAAACCAACGAGAAUUCGAACCUUAGAAUAUGCAUUCAGUAUUUAGGACACCAUUCUAAGACUACAUCCAAAAAUCAGCCAAAUCGAUGAGGUACCGUGUCAGGCCGAAGUUCGAAUUUUACAGAAAAUCACUCUUAAAAAUAUAAUCUACUGCGCAUAACAGUUUAUAUCCUGCCCUUUCGAACUGCAAACAUGAAAUGCGUGUCUGGUUUACGUCGAUCGCGACAAUCCUGUUUUGUUAGCAAGUGAAUUCUGCAAUGCAGUAGCAGUGAAAACGAGAAUUGAAGUUCAAGUUGGAGAGGUUUCAACGAGAACCACGAGCCUUAACAAAGAACGUUUGCCUUCGUUGUGGGCUAAUAAUCUCUCGCGUUCGGGAAACUGAAAGGAGAAGUGAAUGGUUAGCCCUUGCUCACAUAGAUUAAAAGUUAACAAUCGAGCAAUCGACCGCACUUGUAUGGCGUUAUUAAAGACGUAUUAAAUAUAAUCAGUCUGUCUAAUUCUUCUGGAUAUUCGUCUGUGCUACAGUAAGAGAGGAAAUCAAGCUCAAGGACUACAUUACAGAAAUGAUGUGUACGUAAUAAUAAGUUUGUUACAAUGUGCUUUUGAUUUACAAUGUGCUUUUUUGAUUUAUUGCUGAAAGUACGUCUCCUUUGCUAUACUAAUAGGUCAAGAUAAUUUUCUGUUACAAGCCUUUGAGCUUGAGCUUGAGUCAGUGCACAAAGCCAGAACUGAAUAGCUUAUGACUCUUUUGGGCUGUAUGCAUAAGGCAAUUUUUGUGUAAAGAUGAUAGGGCAAGUACUCUUUCCAAUCUACAUUUUCUUCCGCUGAAUUAAAUCUUUAAUCAUGCUUAGAUCGUUGUGGAAGCCCUCUGAUAGUGUUUAUUUUAAUAGUAAGAACUAGCGUGUGAAAGGAAAGGCUCUGUGGCCGACUUGUUACAAGUGUGUUGCAAGAACAUAUUCUCAUCCUAACAGUCCUUUCUUGGCUUCCAGUCAUGCUCCAUUUAGACAAAGACAAACGAGGGCCUCUAGGGUGAUUUAUAAUGAAAAGUUAACAAAGAAGCAGCUAUUACACAAUUUUUCUUGAUAAUUAACAUAAUUAUUCAUCUGAUCACUAAAUAAAAUAGUACAAUGUACUAAACAAUUUGGUUUUAAAGUUCUAAAAUACAAGAAAAAGUUUGAGAAACUGUUUAAAAUUAGGCAUAUAUUAUAAGAAAACUGGCCUAAUGUAGAUUUAUUGCAAUGUUAUGGACAACUGAGUUGUUAAUAAAUAAAAUAAUAAAUGACCAGUAGCCAAGAGUAGUCUUUUGCAUCAUACUACAGGGGCAAGGGGUUGUUGAUGAUGACAACUGGAUUUUGCAGUAUGUCACCUCCAAUAGGGUGGGUAACAUAAUAGCUUGAGCAACAGUAAUAUUCUAGUUUACUAGUUAAUCCUAACAUAUGGUAUCUUAGUUACUUGGUUAUUGACAUAUAAUGAGCCAAAUUAAAACUUGCUUCCACUGGUCAUUGAUUCAGUUCUAGUAAAACUCUCUCCUAGUCGGAAACCCUCAUAUUAUAACACAAAAUAAUCAAUUUUAAGUGAGCUAAACAAUAAUUACACAAUUAUAGCUGUGAGCAGAUAUUGUACUUUAACUCUAUAAAGUACCACAUUUAGUUUCAAUACAACUGUACUACCCCACCAAAAUCAGUUCAGGUUGGCCCUACAUGCAGUGUGCUUCUUGCCUUGCCAAAGUUCGACCAAACUAUGUGAGAUUUUCCCUAUCCUAUUUCUGGUCUGAUCCAAAAUUCUCUCCCCAAUUUCAAACCAGGCCUUGAACUCCACUUUCAAAACAUGACGAGCGCAGCUACUCAAGAAAAUUCUUUUGGGUUGUGUGAUACUCAAAGUGUACUUCUUAAGGGGGUCUUCUAAAGCAUACAGUCUAUAUAAAGCGUAUAUCACUCUACAUUUCAUUAUUCCAGAUAAAAAAGUACAGCUAAAUAGCUUAUGAUAACCUGUUCUAGACAUUCAGAUAGAGAGAAGUAAACAAGAAAACAAGAAAAAAUGGCCCUCCUGGUUAUAAACCCUCUCCUAAGCUUCAUAUAGCCCCUUAAAAAAAAAAACAAAAACCUUAAAAACCCCUUACCCCUGUGAGGUUUGCUCAUGUGUCCUGAACUUUAUGGCGAUUGGUCACUAAAGAAUCAACAUUCCUCAAAAUUUUUACGUGUUCACGCUUUUCUCAGUUUGACAGCAAAAUUAUUGAAAACUCUCUCAUUGAGGUAUUGAUGAUGGUAUUUAGUUAGGAGAUGAUAAAUGAAAUCUUUAAGAGGAUAAACCUCUAAUAGAUAAAGGUCCCAUUUUGGUCCUUUUGCAAAACACUGAAUGGCCACCAUAAGCACCAAAUGACCCAUUGCCGGAUUAGCAUAAACGCUAUUAAAAAAAAAUUAAAACCUACCAUUCGACACCUCAAAAGGAAAAUAAACUUAGGAAAAAACACAACCAGUUGGAGUGAAACGAAUAUAUAUAUUUUAUUUUCCUGUCCACUUGAAUAACACAACACAUGAAUUGUUUCGUUUCAAAAGACGUUUUGAAAUGAGAUAGCAUUUGCAGGACAUCACAUGGAACAAGAUACCUUCCAUCUCCGCGAUCUUGCUUUCCCAGUGUUUGUUUUCGCCAAAAACGAUAAUCUGCCGAUAAAUUGUCUCAGUUCUGCGACUUAACAGUGUGUUCAGCUGGUUUUUGUUAAUGUCUUCUCCUUUUGACUCUAAAUUAUCAAUGAAUCCUAGUUGAGUGGAAACAGCCCAAAGAAGCCACUCUCGGGAGAGAGCUCAGGAAGUAAAAUUCUUUCCCCAGUGGAGCGAUGAGCGACAAAAUCCGUUAUAAGCAUGAGAAGUGAUAUUUGUAACUUCUGCACUUGCGUGACCGGAUGUCAGAAUUUUUUUUUUUUUCCAGAGCCCCUCGUUUCAAGAUCACGUGACCAAGAAACAACGGGCUCUGGGGACGAGAAUGUGUGUAUUCAAUCAUUAUAACAGUCAGAGCGCAUGUUCGAUAAUACAAACAUGGGGGUGGGGACGGUACACCUAAAUAUUCACAUAUACUAUAAGAUGUUAUGUUAGCAAGCAGUAUUUUGUAUUUUGUGGGGGGCUUAAAAACCGCCUUAUGAGUCAAGCAUGACAACAAUAUCUAUCUUACUAUUUCAAGCAUAUACUAUUACAGUAAGCCGUUUUCAGAUGGAUUCUGGGAUAUUGAGACGGCAGUAAAGAAGUGCCCUUGAAAAUAUUAAUCAGGGAUGAGGGGGGAAGUGGAAGAUCUGCUUCACCAAGAUAUUAAGGCGUUAAAAGAAAUAUUCUCCAAGAGAUACGUGUAAUAUUCUUUUACAGUCUGUCCAAAUAUGACAAUCUUGAAUGAGAGUUCAGGAGUCAUCACCAGUCCUUUCUACCCCAGAUAUUCUUCUAAUAAGCAAAGCUGCAGCUGGGAAAUAAGGGCAAGAAAAGGAAAACGAAUUUCAUUAACUAUUGAAGACAUGGAUAUUGAGGACAUGGAUAUUGAUUCGUCAGGUGAUUGGGCGUGCGGCGAAGGAUGGUCUUGCUCGUGUGGGUAUUUGGAAAUUCAAGGUGGAUCCAUUUCAGGCUAUGAUGGUCUCAAAUGGCGUCUAUGUUCCGUUCCUUUAACAGCCAACGCAACGUAUGUUUGGUUUAAAGAGAGAAUUAAAGUACUAUUUGUCUCCGACAGUACUAUAGGAUGGGGCUCUAGAUUUAAAAUAUCAUAUACUCAAGUUACCUGCGGUGUAUCUGGUAAGGAAAUACUGCUUAUUUCCUGUUGUGGAAGUGAAAAUGACAAAACCUUAAAGUUAAGCUAGGCAUACAUCUUUCACUUAGGAUUCAGAUACAGAUUCAGAUAGAUUCAGAUUCAGAUUCAGAUACAGAUUCAGAUUUGUUUUUUCUUUUGUUCAGUUAUUUGGUUUUAACAUUUGGGCAAUUUGCUUAUCAUCUGGGUGGGGCAAACACUCCAUUUUCUCUGUGCUAUGUUUUGGUUGGUGACUAGUAAACUUAGACCGCACAUGGUCGCUUAAAGAACGAGCCAUGUCCAGCCCUGGCCAUGAAAUCCAGAGUUUCUUCACUUCUUACUUAGUUCCACACUUCUCAGAGGUGUGGAAGUGUGGAAAAGUCUGACAAAGUAAGGAUAUUGUCUCACUUUCCCCCACUCAUGAACCCUUUGUCAUUCUUUACUUAGUUCCACACUUCUCAGAGGUGUGGAAGUGUGGAAAAGUCCGACAAAGUAAGGAUAUUGUCGCACUUUUCCCCAGUCAUGAACCCUUUGUCAUUCUUUACUUAGUUCUACACUUCCCAGAGGUGUGGAAGUGUGGAAAAGUCCGACAAAGUAAGGAUAUUGUCUCACUUUCCCCCAGUCAUGAACCCUUUGUCAUUCUUUACUUAGUUCUUCACUUCCGAGAGGAGUGGAAGUGUGGAAAAGUCCGACAAAGUAAGGAUAUUGUCUCACUUUCCCCCAGUCAUGAACCCUUUGUCAUUCUUUACUUAGUUCCACACUUCUCAGAGGUCUGGAAGUGUGGAAUAGUGUGACAAACUAGGGAUAUUGCCGCACUUUUCCCCCAGUCAUGAACCCCUUGUCAUUCUUUACUUUGUUCCACACUUCUCAGAGGUGUGGAAGUGUGGAAAAGUCUGACAAAGUAAGGAUAUUGUCGCACUUUUCCCCUGUUUAAGAACCCCUUGUCAUCCUUUACUUAGUUCUACACUUCUCAGAGGUGUGGAAGUGUGGAAAAAAUCUGACAAAGUCAGGAUAAUGUAACACUUUUCCCCGGUCAUACGAAACCACUGUCAUUCUUUAUUUAGUUCUACACUUCUCAGAGGUGUGGAAGUGUGAAAAAAAGUCUGACAAAGUAAGGAUAUUGUCGCACUUUUCCCCCUGUUAAGAACCCCUUGUCAUUCUUUACUUAGUUCUACACUUCCCAGAGGUGUGGAAGUGUGGAAUAGUGUGACAAACUAAGGAUACUGCCGCGCUUUUCCCCCAGUCAUGAACCCCUUGUCAUUCUUCACCUUGUUCCACACUUCUCAGAGGUCUGGAACUGUGGAAUAGUCUGACAAAGUAAGGAUAUUGUCGCACUUUUCCCCCUGUUAAGAACCCCUUGUCAUUCUUUACUUAGUUCCACACUUCUCGGAGGUGUGGAAGGGUAGAAUAGUGUGACAAGUUGAGUUUAAUGUUGCACUUUCCCUGAGUCACGAGAAGCUCAGUGCGCUUUAUGAGCACUUGGUUUUAUUUCUGUAUGGUUUUUUACAUUUUUCCUUUAGAACUAUUUUUAUUUUGAAUAGCAGAUAUAACCAUUGUUUCAAUGCCAGCUGUUGUAAGAAACUUCAAGUUAAGAAAUCCGAUCUCCAACCAAGCUUUCAUCCUUAUCAGUACGGGUUCAAAUUUGAUAAUUGUUAGAUCACGCCAUAUAUCCACUGUUUCGCAGUUUUUCCUCUUCUCUAAGGUUAUGUAAAUGCUGGACAUAAAUUAUGAAAAAGAAGCAACACCACGCUCGGAGGCGAGCGGCUCGAGGCCAAG